CACCAGCCCGAUCCACCCCAGCUCACUCUCCCCCCAAAAUUUCCUUUCACUUUCGAUCUCUGGCUGUCACCCGGCGUGGCCCCUUCCACACCCAGCUGGGGCAAGCCUGAUCCGGCCACAGGCAUGAAGGGCCCCCGGCAGAAAUGAUAGUGCUGGCGCCAGCCUGGAGCCCAACUACCUCCCUUCUGCUGCUGCUGUUACUGCUCAGCCCUGGCCUUCAAGGGACCCCCGACUGCUCCUUCCGCCACAGCCCCAUCUCCUCCACCUUUGCCAUCAAGAUCGGCAAGCUGUCCAAGUACCUGCUUCAAGAUUACCCCGUCACUGUUGCCUCCAACCUGCAGGACGUGAGUCACAGCCGGGAGGGGCCCAGGAUGGAGGUGGGAAGGAGAGAUUCAAGAUUCACCGCCCCCUUAGGGGCCAGGCUAGUGUGCCCACCAGGCCACCCCCUCCCUCGGGACCCAGGAAUCCUGGCCCCCAGCCCCCUCCGCCCACCCGCGGGACCCAGAGCCUGGGUGGUCUCCCCCCAGGACAAGCUCUGCGGGGCGUUCUGGCGUCUGGUCCUGGCCCAGCGCUGGAUGGGACGGCUCAAGACCGUGGCUGGGUCGGAGAUGGAGAAACUGCUGGAGGAUGUCAACACCGAGAUACACUUUGUCACCUCGUGUGCCUUCCAGCCCCUUCCCAGCUGUCUUCGCUUCGUCCAGGCCAACAUCUCCCACCUCCUGCAGGACACUUCCCAGCAGCUGGAGGCCUUGAAGCCCUGGAUCACCCACCGGAAUUUCUCCCGGUGCCUGGAACUGCAGUGUCAGCCGGACUCCUCCACUCUGCUGCCCCCAAGGAGUCCUGGGGCCUUGGGAGCCACGUCCCUGCCGGCCCCUCAGUCCCCUCUUCUGCUCCUCUUGCUGCUGCUGCUGCUGCCGGUGGCCCUCCUGCUGCUGGCCGCUGCCUGGUGCCUGUGCCGGUGGAGGAGGAGACGGAGGACACGCUACCCUGGGGAGAGGCGGAGAACACUGAGGCCGAGAGAGAGCAGUCACCUGCCAGCGGACACAGAGUCGGCACUUGGAGGAAGUCAGCUAGAAUCUGGUCCUUUCCUUGGCCACACUGCCUCUGUUCCCCCGGGAUGGAGGCAACGCCAGCACCCACCAUCGGCUCUCCCUUCCCCCCUUUGUACAAAGCCCUUGUCCCCAGGAAAUUGUAUAUAAAUCAUCAUUUUCUACCA